AUCAAAAAAGUUGCAUUUUUUAGCUGUCAAACGAUCCGUCCCGUUCGCUUGCUCGUUGUGAUCCGGAUCCUACGCGAAUGGUUUCGCGCCAAAUCAAAACACAACCGUCAUGCAAUGCAAAACAGAUCGGAUAUAUUAUCGACCGUCCUUUAGGAAGGUUCUGGCUGGAUCUUCGAUGUAAAGAAAAAUUAUUUACCGAAGAAACGUGUCACAAAACUAGUGAAAAAGUGCAUUAAUUAUCACACGUUACCGUGACGUUAUUUUGUACAACAAAAAUGAGUGAUUCACCCGGUGGGGAACAACGGUCGAAGCGAAGGCGCAUCGACAAGCAUGGCCGGUUUGCCGCGUUGGAACGGCUGAAGAAACAAAAGGAGGUUGGCACCAAGAACAAGUAUGAGGUGGACAAAAUGGAAAAUGUGUACGACGAGGUGGACGAGAAGGAGUAUGCUAAAAUCGUCAACGAACGAAUGCACGACGAUUGGGUCGAGGAUGACGAUGGUUUUGGAUACGUUGAAAAUGGGCGGGAAAUCUUCGACGACGAUGAACUAGAACCACAAGCCGCACCAAAGCGUGCGGCAAACAAGAAUGGCAAAGGAAAUAAACGCGUCCGUGACGGUCCCGGUAACACUAGCGAACCAGUCACCGGGAGGAAAUCGCUCAAAAAAUACUUCAACCGUGAGCAACCGACCAAGACCAAGGUGGAAGAUGAUGAUGCGUUGGCGGAUAUUUUGGGCGAGAUAAAUUCGGAAGGCGGCAAUGCAAAUGGUGCAGCUUCAACCAGCACGAAGGAAAUUCGUCCACUAGUUAUGACGAAAGCGGUACCAGCUAAACCGAAAGAACUUACGGCUGAAGAGGAAAUGAAACGGUACAUGUUAAACUUGAGUAAGAAUUUGAAACGAUCGGAAAAGAAACCGGUGGUAGAGGAAGACAGUGAUGAGGAGAUGUUGAAAAAUGUAAUGGCUGAAUCGGAAGGUAAAACCUUGAGCAAGAAGACUUCAGCGUCACAGAUUAAGAUGGAUCCGUCACAACCGAAAGCCGUGGUAGUGCGAGAAGAACCACCGACCAUUAAGGAAGAACCUGUGUCCCAAAUAGAACAGGCUGUCGUCCCGGAUCAAGUGAAAAAAGAGCAACCCACCCAGGAACUACCCGUUGAGAGCCAUUUCCUUGAUGAUAUGGAUGAUGAUUUUACCGAAAUGUCGUCAGUGGAACCGGUCACAGAAAAACCGAAAACGGAGGAGAAAAAGGAGGAAGAACCGGAGGAAUUAAUUCCGAAGAAUUUGCUAAACGGAUGGGAUAGCAUAUUUUCCGACAUGGAAGACGGCAAGAAGAGUGUAGCGACCGAAGCGGAAGCUGUGGACAGUACCGGCGAGAUGGAUUCUAGCACUGAGAUGAAGUUUUGGUUCUGGGAUGCGUGGAACGAUCCGAACAAGUGCCAGGGCGAGCUGUACCUGUUUGGAAGGAUUGCAUCCACCAGUCGCGAUUAUCAGUCGAUCUGCGUACACGUGCAGAACGUCGAACGAUGCCUUUAUUUGCUGCCACGCGAAACUAAUGCAGAAACGGGACAACCGGUCAGCUUACUGGACGUGUACGAGGAGUUCUGUAAUGAUAUUAGCACCAAGUUGAACAUUACCAAAUAUCGCACGAAAAAGGUAACCAAAAGCUUUGCUUACACGAGUGCCACCAGCUCGCUGCAGGUACCGGUCGUGUGUGACUAUCUGGAGGUACGGUACAGUGCCAAGUUGCCGCCACCAUCGCUCGACAAGAGCUAUCGUACCAUUGCGCACAUUUUUGGCGCCAACACAAACGUUGUGGAGCAGUUUCUGCUCGAGCGGAAGGUAAAGGGUCCGUGCUGGAUGGGACUGAGCAAUGCAACGUCACGCGAAACGAAAACCACCUGGUGCAAGGUGGAAGUGACCGUGCCGGAUAUUGAUUGUAUUAAGCUUGCCAGCGAUACGGCCACACCACCACCGCUCGUGUUUUGCUCGAUCAACGUACGCAGCACGCUGCGCAACAACACGAACGAGAUCGCAAUGAUCACGAUGCUGGUGAACGAUCGGUUCUCGCUGAGCCAGCCACCACCGAAUCCACCGUUUAGCCGACAGUACUGUGGUGUCACGCGACCAUCCAACACGGUGUGGCCGCUUAAUUUCAAUCCGGCCGAAUGCAAGGCGAAGGUAACCAAGUGCGAAAGCGAACGCACGCUGCUGAGCUGGUUCCUUUCCACGUUCCAGGUGAUCGAUCCGGAUCUGGUGGUUACGUUCGAUGCGGAGAACUUCCAGCUCGAUCUCAUCUGCCAGCGGCUAAUGACGACCAAGAUGGCACUCUGGAGCCGCAUCGGACGGCUGAAGGUAAAGAGCCCAGCCAGCAGGCGGGUGGAUGAUUUCUUCGUCGGACGUAUGAUCUGCGAUGUGAAGACGUCCGCGGAAGAGUUGAUCAAGUCGCGCAGCUACGACUUGAACACACUCUGCACGGAGGUGCUAAAGAUUGGCGAGGGCGAGCGGAAGGAUGUGCUGCUGGAUGAGAUUCCGGUCAUGUACCAGGAGGCGGAAACACUCGUCCAGCUGGUGGGUCUUACGAUGCAGGACAACUUUUACACGCUGAAGUUGAUGUGCGAACUGAACGUGUUGCCGCUGGCGCUACAGAUCACGCAGAUCGCGGGCAAUUUGAUGAACCGUACCCUGCACGGUGGACGUGCGGAACGGAACGAAUUUCUGCUGCUGCAUGCGUUCUACGACAAGGAUUACAUCCUGCCGGACAAGGUCACAUUUCAGCCCGGUGGUGGAGCGCGUAAAGAUGGCAAGGGUGGUGAGGAGACAGCAGAGAAACGUAAGCCCAAGAAUAAAGCCGCAUACGCCGGUGGUUUGGUGCUGGACCCUAUCAAGGGCUUUUACGAUAAGUUUGUGCUGCUGAUGGACUUUAAUUCACUGUACCCGAGCAUCAUCCAGGAGUACAACAUCUGCUUCACGACCGUACUGCCACCGGCGGUGGGUGGUGAGAGCGCGCAAGAAACUGCUGACGGCGAUGGGGAGGCUCUUCUCGAGCCAACCAUACUUGCCACGAACGAGAUUGCGAUCUUGCCGAGACAAAUUCGAAAGCUGGUCGAAAGCCGGCGUGCCGUAAAACAGCUCAUGAAGGAGCCCGAUGUGUCGCCCGAGCUGGCCAUGCAGUACAACAUACGGCAGAUGGCAUUAAAGCUGACCGCUAACUCGCUGUACGGAUGUCUCGGGUACUCCCGGUCACGGUUUUAUGCACAACAUUUGGCUUCGCUGAUCACGCAGAAGGGACGUGAGAUCCUGAUGAACACCAAAUCGAUCGUGGAGCGAAUGAACUAUCAGGUGAUCUACGGUGAUACGGACAGCAUCAUGAUCAGCACGAACAUUACCGACUACGAGCAGGUGUACCGGAUCGGGGCGAGCAUCAAGCAGCACGUGAACAAGGCGUACCGGUGUCUCGAGCUGGACGUGGACGGUAUCUAUAAGUAUCUGUUGCUGCUGAAGAAGAAAAAGUAUGCCGCGGUAUCGAUCAGCAAAAAGGCGGAUGGUGCGUUUGCGUGCAGCCAGGAGCUGAAAGGUUUGGACAUUGUGCGGCGCGAUUGGUCCCGCAUAGCGGUGCUUGCGGGCAACAUGAUCCUCGGCCAGAUACUGUCCGACGCACCGAUGGACGAGCGUAUCGAGAACAUGCAUGUGCGAUUGGAGAAGCUGAAGGAUGAUCUGCAGGCGGGGACAUUAUCGUUGCAGUUGCUGGAAAUUACCAAGCAGCUGACGCGAUCGUUGAACGAGUACGGCGAUGUAAGCCAGUUGCCGCACGUGCAAGUAGCGCAGCGCAUGAACAAGCAGCGCAAGCGGAACUACAAACGCGGUGAUAUGGUGAACUACAUUAUCUGCCAGGACGGUACGUCGGCACCGGCCAUGAAGCGUGCGUACCAUAUCGAUGAGGUACGCGAUCCAGCCAAUGCCGAACGGUUGAAGGUGGACGUUGAGUACUAUCUGGCGCAGCAGAUUCACCCGGUCGUGUUUCGCAUAUGUGAACCGCUCGAAGGUACCGAUGCCUGUCGGCUUGCCCUAUGCUUAGGGCUCGAUCCGAAAAAGUAUCGAGCGAUAGCAAGCCUCGGCGGUGGUGGUGGUGGCGGAGGUGGAAUCGACGGGCAACAGUAUCAAGAUGGCGAGAGCCUUAUCAAGACGGCAACGGAGCGGUAUCGGUUGUGUCAUCGGUUCGAGUUUACGUGCGUGGCCUGCAAGGGCAAAAAUCCCGUUGCCAGCGGAUUCCGCCCAUCGGCAGCCGGUCGCCAACGGUCGGUUUUCGAACGGUGCGCUAAUGAGGAGGCAGGCGGAUGUACGGUGCAACCGGUACAAUAUUUGCCGGCAAUAGUAAACGAGCUGACGUUGGCCAUUCGGGCAGAUAUUCGGCGUUUCUACCAGCGAUGGAUGGUUUGUGACAAUCCGAUUUGUAACGGCAACACGCGACUGUAUUCGCACGUGGCAGCUAAGAACAACCCGUACUGUUUGCUGUGCGGAAACGGCUUACUUGUGCUGCAGUACUCCGAGACGGAUCUGUACAACCAGCUGUGCUACUAUCUGUACAUGUUCGAUUUGGAACAGUAUAGUGCAAAAUUAACAAAAGCCCUGUCCCCGGAUAUUCGCAACAUGUAUAGCCGCCUGAAAGAAACCGUUGAGCGGUUCCAGCAGCGAUCGAAGUACGGUGUGGUUAAUCUGUCGAACUUCUACAUGGAAUAUGCCGUCCCGGCACCGAAACAAUCCGAUAACGUUGGAGAACCGGUGAAAUACCUAUACCCGGCGAAGGAUGUUGCUGCCAGGCUGGCCAAACGACUGGAUGCCGUGGACGCAACAGUCGAUGCAGUUAAAAGUGAACCCUUGGAUCGGAAGACGUCGCUGUUACACGAGAAACUGAUAGAAUGGAAGCUAUAUCUGAGCUAAUGUGGGCAACCGGGUUAGUUGGAAUCGAGUGGGCCAUCAAAGAGAAUGAUGUAUUUAGGUGCUAGCGAAUCUAUUUUAAAUAAACGUUGUAUGUUUACUUACUUAAAA